GCUCGUCUGCAUGAAACCGCGGCUUUAUAAUUAUAGGAUGAAGAUUUGAGGUUGGGACGAAUUAUGAACUGAUAUAUUUCCCUGUUUUUUUUUAGAUUGGGUACUAUCUAGGCUUUAAUUCGUUCAGCAUCGUGUUUGCAUUCCUUGUGAUAUUCUGUCAUUCCAUCGCCUCGGUCCACUUCAUUCAUCAGAUCGAUUCUGUAAAUAGAACAUCGGUCAAUUCCAGUAAUUCCAGCAACAUGACAUCUAGGCCUACAACAACCGGUAUAUUUAACUAUAUCAUUCUACAUCGUGAAUAGACCUUUCCCCUUUUGAGUGAAAUUUUGAUCUAGACAAGUCAAUACAAAAUGACUGAAAAUUGAAAAUUUAGAAGGGCUAUAUUAUCCACAUUUUACAACAUUUCGCAACGAAACUUCGGAAUAUUACUAACUUUGUGAUGCUCUUUCAAGCUGUGAUGAAAUUGUUGUCCAGGCAUAUCUAGAUCAAAAUUUCACUCAUAAGGGGAAAGGUCUAUUGAAAGGGACCAAAACGACCCCGUAAACUCGUUCUGGGGUGAAUUUUGAGGGGGUUUUUCCCCUUCUCAAUGUACACGAACUCGAGUCGUAUUGAGCAGUCUCAUUUUUAUCUUCGCGCUCAUCGGUAUUAAUUAUUUAAAAAACUUAUAUUUCAACUAGUUUCGAGAUUAUAAAUGUAUACUUGCUAUAAACUUAAAAACAACUGCUGUGCAUGAGGGUUUUCGUUGUGUUUUUUUUUCUAAAAAGCGAUUAACUUGUUGUUUUUGCAUUCGAUAAAACUCCGUAGAUUUUGAGCCGCCAUUUUAAACAGUGGGUGGUCUAAAAAAAGCGCAACAAAAAUGAGCAAAAAGCAACGAAAAUAUUUUUAAAACAAUUUGUAUUACAGCUCCCAUAUAUAAUACUAUUGUUUCUGGAAACACCACGUAAAUUUAUUGCUGCAGAAACAAUGGUAUCAUAUGUUUUGUCGCCAUGCAAACCUACAAAGAACUUAGCUCCCAUGUAUAGUUGUAAACAAAACAGUAUUUACAAGCUUUAGAAAUUUUAUUCGUUAGAAAUAGUUUUAAAGAACACUGUUAAACAAAACAUUUCCUUGUGUUUGACGGGACCGUAGAUUCGUUUACAGUCGUGCCAAUAGAAGUUCCGAAAAAUGUUGACCAAUUCAUUUCCUAACUUGAAGGAACACCUCCGAACAAUUCCUCAACAAUUUGAUAAGUUCCUUAAAAAGUUCCUAACUUCCUAUUUCAUUGACCAAUCAAAUUUUAUAUUUUAUUUUUGAGCAAUCUGAUUGGUCAAUGAAACAGGAAGUUAGGAACUUUUUAAGGAACUUAUCAAAUUGUUGAGGAAUUGUUCAGAGGUGUUCCUUCAAGUUAGGAAAUGAAUUGGUCAACAUUUUUCGGAACGCUUCUAUUGGCACGGCUGUAAGUAAAAAAAUUUGCUUGUAAACACGUUGCUUGUAAGAACGUUGCAUGUAACCGGAACAAGACGGGAAGCCAUUUUGUUUUGGUCCGGAAGUGAAUAGUGCAAGGAUAUCCGAUUGCAAUCAAAUUGCGCGAAAAGUGCUCAUGCUGACAAAUAAUUAUUUAUAUCCUUCCAGGUUCCACACCAACUACAACAUCGGUGCCAACAUUAAUCAACUGUGCAAAUACAACUGUACCAAACAACUGUACACAUAACACCUCCCCUAGUACCACUGGUGCUUCAAAAACACCAACUGGUGGCUCAUCGGGACCAAAUUGUUACACUCACCAGACAUGGAGCGAUUACCAAAACGGCAUACGUGGUUUUGGCCUGGGAGCUAGUAUGAUAUUUCUAUGCUUCGUGGAAAUUCUUAUGUCAUUGUUGUCGUCAGCAUGUUGCUGGGUUGCAACUAAAGUCGAGCCCACUAGGGUGAGUAGUUUCUCAACGAUGACAAUAUUAAAUUGAUAAUAUUUAAACUAUUAUUUUGUGUUCCUCAACCGCCAGAUACGUUUAAAAAGGUUGCUGAUUGUGUAAACUACAAAGUAAAGCUAAAAAAAGUAAUUUUGAGAAGAACGCCAAAAAGAUUUCAAGUUUUUAACACUUUUCAUCGCAAAUACGGGACCUUGAAAAAAAUUGCCUCUUGUAAAUAAUGACCUACGAUGGCAACUCAACAAUGAUUUUGUCCCUAGGUAACCAGAAGAAAAGCGACGAUUCAGGGAACUGCAUCCGAAAUGAUUGCUGCUUCACAAAGUUUUGAGAUGGUCAUGCCAAGAAGACGUCAUGUAAGUGGAAAUGAAGCAUGCCUGGAUUUGACAAUUUUUAACAAGACUUCCUCCAACGUCCGUAUAUUUCUGGUAGACUAUAGUGUGAAUAACAUGACGUAGCGCGCGAGGGAAGGUGUGACGCAUGCAGAGACUUGUCAGCAUUGAACCCGGAUGCAAGCCAACACAAUUCCUAAUAAAUUUUCUCUUCAAAACUCGACAGAAAAUUUUAUAGAGCAGAAUAUAAAUAUGAAUAAAUGGCAGAAUAGAAUAAAACUUAACAAAACUAAAUAAAAGCGAAUAAAACUAGACAGAUCGUAAAUCGCAAAGAUUUAAAAUACCUUUGAGUAUUAUGAAAAACUAUACUGGCGAAUUAUUUCGGCGUAUUAAUCCGAGUUUAAUGAAUACAAGAAUAUGGGAAACUAUUUGUGUAACUUUAUCACGACAGCUAAAACGGAACCAAUUUUUUAACUGGAAAAAAGUUCCGGCCAGAACCGGAACUUAUUUAUUAAGCCAUAUGUUACUUUGUGUCUUCGUCUGCAGCUAGACAAGCAGACACUUCAUGUCAUCAAGGAGAGAGCUCGCAAAUGUUAGAAUAAAAAGAUUGACAAACGUUAAACGUCAUAAUGAAGUGUUAAUAGUGUAUAUUUUCCUUGUGUAGUCCAAAUUUCUUCCUACUGUGAAGUCCGUUUGAUCUAUGCUAUUCAAUAAAUAAGCUUGAUAUUCUGUGUCUCUGAAAACGACAGAGUUCCGGUUCCGGCCAUGCUUUUUUAUUGGUUCCAGCCGGAACCGGAACUCUGAAAGAUCGGGGUUCCGGCCGGAACCGAGUUCCGGUACACCCCUAAGUCGACAACUGCAUGUGGAUUGAGAGAGGUACGAUUAUCUGAAAAAUUUAAGGAGUGCUUCGACGUUUCGAGGCAAUGCCCCUCGUCCUUCGCUCGAAACGUUGAAGUUCUGGUUAUAUUUUUGAGAUAGUUGUGUCUCCAGCUCAAUUCGCAGCCGUCUUGUUAUCGUAGCUUCACACACUGGUCCAGACCGUUCGAGUUUGUAAGUUUAUGAAUCUUUUUCAGGGUCGCAAUGUCACAUCAAAUACUUUUAAUGUCAACGACAAUGAGGUAAGCAGUCAUAAGCCGUCCCUCCCCCACCCCCCUCCCCCAAGAAAAAUUGAUAGGGCGAUAAGUUGGGCAGAUUUUCAACGUAGAUUGGCCCAAUAGGAGAAAUUUGGUCUAAAUAUAAUAUAAUACUUUUUGUUUGUGGAAACACCACGUGAAUUAAUCACCUCGCCAUCGGCGAAUAAUUGUUAAAUAAUUGUAUAAAACUUGCACUCCAAAAUUUCCAUCUAGAAAUGAAACCCUUCACCAAAUAAAUGUUGUUAAUAUGUUUUUAUUCAGUAUGAAAUGAGUUCUGCAGGCGCAUCACCAACGUCAGAUGAAUAUGAAAGCAUCCAGGAAAACGUUUAUGAAACUAUUCCGGUAUGUAAAUUUCUGUUGUAUUAUGUCAUGCGUUGAACUCUUCAACUCGUGUACAUUGCAUAAUCCGGCUGCGAUAAAACCUGGGGGCUAUCCAGACUUUUGUUGCACACGUGGCAACAGCGAGGUCAGUUUCAUGAGGUCCACUCGCGUAUUGGCCGCUGCGAACGAAACGAGAGAAGCUUGCCAUUCGUGCGCGAACUUAAUUUUUUUUUUGUGUGUGUGUUUUGAUGUUAUGUACUCAGGUGAAUAUAAUGUUUUUGAUGUUACUCUAACACAUUGGUAUCGAAGGUAUGGACUUAGUUCCGGAAUACCACACACUCGAACAGACUUGGCCAAUGGCCUCGUAGCUCAGUAAUUGGCAGAGCAUUGGACUAGUGUCCCAAAGAUCGCGGGUUCAAUUCCCACCGUGGUCAGGCUAAACGUUUCAGCCUGCCCGGUGUGGAAAUACACUCAGAGUAACAUCAAAAACAUUAAAUUAUUUGGUUUGUACAUUCAGCAAGCAGCAAUUUCUAGCGUCAUGCAAUGAAUAUAAUAUUAUAGUCUUCGAAAUGCGUCAUCAUUGGUAACCGUCCCGCGGUAAUGCUUCACAUUAUAAGUAGUAUCGCAAGUAGUAUCGCUAAUGAAAUAUAUAUCGCAAGUAGUAUAUAUUGGUAAUGAAAAGGAAAUGACGGAAUUUUAACAGAAUUUUAAAGGAAUUUAGCAAUAUGCAAACACUGGAUACACGUGCGAACAGCGAACAUAUAAAAUGCAGCCAUCUUUCUGGUCGGUGUUUGUCAGUUCACUCAGUUGGUUUAAAAGCUACGAAGGUUGGAAGAAGACACAGGUUGCAGAGAUUCAUCAAACCGGGGCAGAUGUAUAGUGUUAACUGUUACUAAACUUAAACAAAUAGUCAAUUUUCCAACGCGUGGUAGUAACACUUUGGACAAAAUUUAUACCAAUCUAAAGAGGUUUUAUAGCCCUCCAGUUAAGAUGUCCCCGUUUGGUUUGUCUGACCAUGCUUCUAUUGAAGUUAAACCUCUAGAGCGAACCAAUCUACCUAAGCCCAAGAUCACCGUGAAGUCAAGGGACAUUCGGCCUUCGAAGCGCCUUGCAAUGCGUUUGUAUCUAAAGGAAGUUGACAUUUCAACACUAAUUAACAGUCAGAGGUCGUGUGAAGACAAAGUAAAGCUCCUGGAAUUAAUCAUUAAUACCGGGAUGGACAAGUUACUUCCUCUAAAGUCUAAGACCAUUGUAACAAGCGAGCCACCCUGGAUCAAUCAGUCUCUCAAAUGUUUGAUUCGCAAGCGCCAGAAAGCUUUAGACCAGGGAGACGAAGUUCUAUUUCGCACACUGAGAAAUCGAGUAAAUCGUGAGCGAAAAAUAUGCCGUGCUAAGUAUUACAAGUCUAAAGUCGAGCAUUUGAUGGAGUGCAAACCUGCAUCGUGGUGGAAAGAAGUGAAAAAGUUAAGUGGAAUGACAACUGUCAACUCAUCCCAGACAGACCUAGUCUCUACGCUACAGCAUAUUGGUCGUGAUCAAGGAGAGGGAACUGUCAGCAAUACUGUCCUUGCCAAUGUUAUCAAUGAGGCAUUCCUUGCCCCUAUGAGUCAUUUUACACCUUUACAAACCGAAGAAUUUGUACCAAACAGCCCAGUGUUCGAAUGCUGCUGCCUCCAAGUGUCCGAGUUUUCUGUUAACAAGAAACUGUCUACGUUAAAUCCAACCAAAGCAAGCGGACCCGACGGUAUACCGAGUUGGCUCUUAAAAGACAAUGCCGACAUAUUUGCUGCGCCAGUAUCAAAUAUAUUAAACCGUUCCUUUUUGGAAGCUCGACUCCCAUCAUCGUGGAAAUUGGCCAAUAUUUCACCAAUCCCAAAACAAAAGCAAAUUCUUGACGUAAAUAGCCAUCUUCGUCCUAUAUCUUUGACAUCUAUCCUCUCGAAAGUUGCGGAAGACUUUGUCGUAGAAGAAUUUGUAAAGCCUGCAGUUCUGAAGAAGGUGGAUCCAAAUCAAUUUGGGACGAUACCUGGCAGUAACACCACCCAGGCCCUGAUCAGCAUGCUGCAUUCGUGGAAUAAAGCAACUGACGGUAGUGGCGCAACUGUCAGGACAGUAUUAGUUGACUUUAAGAAAGCUUUCGACUUGAUCGAUCACCAUAUACUUGUAGACAAACUAAAAUCGUAUGAUAUUCCUGAAAGCAUUGUUUUGUGGGUUAUUGACUUUCUUACUUGUCGCAAACAACGUGUCAAACUUGGUAACGACUGCUAUUCUGAAUGGGGAACUAUUCCAUCUGGAGUUCCCCAGGGUACCAAACUCGGGCCGUGGUUAUUCGUUAUCAUGAUAAAUGAUUUGAAAAUCCAAGAUUCGGAACUCUGGAAAUACGUCGAUGACACAACGAUGUCUGAAAUUGUUGAAAGAAACAACGAAUCCAACAUACAGGAGAAAGUUGAUGAACUUACACGACAUAUUUCUAUUGAUAAACUUACGUUAAACGAGUCCAAGUGUAAAGAGUUACGUAUUAGCUUCAGUAAAUCUCCUCCCGAUUUCGAUCCUAUUACCAUCAGCAAUAAGCAACUGGAGGUCGUUGAAAGUGAAAACUCCUUGGCAUGCAGAUAUCUAUCGAUCUUAAGUGGAAUAGCCAUAUAUCUGUUAUUAUGAAGAAAGCGAAUAAGCGUUUGUAUUUUCUGAGCCAACUAAAACGUUCGAACGUGGGCAGUAAGGAACUUAUUACCUUUUACUGUACUUGUAUAAGACCUGUUACAGAGUAUGGCUGCCCAGUAUUUCACGAUAGCCUGCCAAAUUACCUUGUUAAAGACAUCGAAAGAAUACAGAAACGCGCGAUGCGGAUAAUAUUUCCAGCCUUAUUAUAUGACGAAUCUCUCUCCGUUGCUGAGUUGGUCCAUCUAGAAGCACGAAGACAGCAACUAACAGACAAACUAUUCCAGCAAAUUAUUAGCGACCCAAGUCACAAAUUGAACAAACUUUUACCACCUGUAAACGAAUGCCAAAUUAAGCUUAGGAAGAAACGACUUUUUAAAAAUCAGCUUUUUAAAACAGACCGAUAUAGGAAUAGUUUUAUAACUCACAAUGCACUGAAAAUGCGCACCUAGUUAUUGUAGUAGACAAUUAUAGUCAACUUAUACGCACAUUGCCAUUUGGCUGCAAACUUUUAAAAUUUUUAAUAGUUAUUCUAAUUUUAAACUAUAUGUAAUUCUUAGCGUAAUUCAGCUUUUGGCUGCAAUGCUUUGCAAAUAAACCAUCUAUCUAUCUAUCUAGUGUGAACUAUAUGAAGCUGUUUUUUCAUCAUAAGCAAAUUUGUCCGCGCCAAAAGAAAAACGAAUUUUGGCAUUUGGAAAACAAAUAUGACUUCUAUGAUUUUCUUCUACUUUUAGGAAUACAUGCAGUACUUGGCGCAGCAUAUUUAAUAGUAAUUAUUUUGAAGGGAGCGGCACUGGAGAUUGGUAACGAAUUGGCCUCGCUUUCGCGCAAAACACAAAUACUUAAUUUGAGCGCGUAUACGUGUUAUCGACCUCACUGUGUCUUACUUAUUUGACCAACUAGCCGAUAAAAAUAAAGUUUAUGACAGGACAGAAGUAUCGACAUCAAAUGUAACUUGUAGGAAUUUUUCAGUAAUUCAUGGCUCGUUAAUUCUUUGUUUUUUUUAAUGUUUUUAAUUUUUUUUGAUAGCCUAUUUCUAUACCAGCGCCAACACACGAAGGACCAAUAACAAACUGGUAUUCAACAACCGCGUGCUAGAUGGCAUUAAUUGUAAUUAUUGUAUUUAAUAUGCUGAGUAAAUUAAUGUAUAAAUAAUUAACGCCUUUCUGGAUAAAAAGAUAAUGAUACCGAUGUAGCAUAA